AAGAGGGGGCUGAGAUUGGGGGGGGGGAGCGGUGGUUAGCGAGGAGCGCUGACGCGCGCGCCUUGUGGGGGCGGCCGCUGCCUCUCCUCCCCCUCCCUCUACUGCUCUGGAGGGCGAGCGCCGGCUUCAUGCCUCUGAGGCGAAGCUGAAGCCGGAGGCUCCUUCUCCUGCCGACCUCCUCCCCCCUUCCUCUCCGCUCGGGGCGUUGGGUUUUGAGCGGGCGGACACCUCAGCACAGCGCCAGGCUGCCGCCCUCUCGGCCAGGGGUCGCUCCUUUCCCUGAGGGAGGGCGCCAGGCGGUUUCUCUUGCUUCGCUCCGUUGGCGCCGUCGGACGUGAGGGGCGCCCUCUUCUUCCUCCUCCUCGGGAGCUUUUCGCCGGCAGCCAAGGAGGUUCGGCCACAUGUGGGCAGCGCCAGCCCUCCUCCCGCUUCCCUUCCUUUCCCUCCUCCUCCUCCUCUCUCCUCUGCAACCAUUAUUACACCUGUGAAUGGAGGGAAGAAGCGAAGCCGUCGCCUGAAGCUGAGGAGGAGGCGGCGGCCUUGACAGUCACACACACACACUCGGGUUAUCUUUUUGUGUGUUUUUGCCCUCCGACCCUUUUCUCCUCGGCGGAGGAGCAGUCGGAGAGCUCCUCGUGGCCAGCCGCGGCAAUGUGAGGCAGCCCUCCUGCGCGCGCGCCCUUGUGGAGUCUCGCUCCUGCGCGCCGCUCCGGCAGAUGCGCCGGGGAAAGGGGGCUGGUUCGAGGCGCCCCCCCCCAUCCCCACCGAUUUAUUUGCAUCGCUGCCUCCGCGGCUGUAGUGGCGGCGCCGGCAGGACCCCCCCUUUCCCCCCCUUUCUUCGCACGCCGCCUCGGUCCUAAAGGAUUGACUGGAUGAAGAGCUUGCCUUUUGGGUGGUUGCCUUGGGGGACUGGCAAGCGGAGAGACUUCAGCUGACAAGUGUAUUAGGAAGACGAUACCUGUUGUGACUAGUUCCGGGUGAAGUGGCCGUCUGUCACAGCUGCUGAAGCAAGUAAAGUUCACAACUUAUUUCUACUCGAUAUUAGGAGCAAAAAAUGAUGGAAUCUCUGGUUCAGUGUUUGGAGAUGACAACCAAAAGGAAAAUUAUUGGUCGCCUGGUGCCAUGCCGAUGUUUUCGAGGGGAAGAAGAAAUUAUCUCAGUGCUCGAUUACUCCCACUGCAGCCUUCAGCAGGUGCCAAAGGAAGUUUUUAACUUUGAACGGACAUUGGAGGAGCUUUAUCUAGAUGCCAAUCAAAUUGAAGAGCUACCUAAGCAAUUAUUCAACUGUCAAGCUCUGCGUAAACUGAGUAUCCCAGACAAUGACCUUUCAAGCCUGCCAACCAGCAUUGCCAGUUUAGUGAAUCUCAAAGAACUUGACAUCAGUAAAAAUGGGAUCCAAGAUUUCCCAGAAAAUAUAAAGUGCUGUAAGUGUUUAACAAUAAUUGAAGCCAGUGUCAAUCCUAUUUCUAAGCUCCCAGAUGGCUUUACGCAGCUUUUAAACCUGACCCAGCUCUACCUAAAUGAUGCCUUUCUGGAAUUUCUUCCAGCUAAUUUUGGAAGACUUGUUAAAUUACGAAUAUUGGAAUUACGAGAGAAUCACUUGAAAACUCUACCAAAGUCAAUGCACAAACUGACACAGCUAGAGAGGCUUGACCUAGGCAAUAAUGAAUUUUCUGAGUUGCCUGAGGUUCUGGAACAGGUUCAAAAUCUAAAGGAAUUAUGGAUGGACAGUAAUUCACUUCAAACACUGCCUGGGCCUAUAGGAAGGUUAAAGCAGCUGGUGUACUUGGAUAUGUCAAAAAAUAGGAUAGAAAGUAUAGAUAUGGACAUAUCAGGAUGUGAAGCCCUGGAAGAUCUACUGUUGUCAUCCAACAUGCUACAACAACUGCCAGAUUCUAUAGGGCUCUUGAAAAGGCUUACAACUCUAAAAGUAGAUGACAAUCAACUCACAAUUCUCCCCAAUGCCAUUGGAAAUUUAUCUUUAUUAGAGGAAUUCGACUGCAGCUGUAAUGAACUAGAGUCUCUACCUCCCACCAUUGGCUACUUGCACAGUCUGCGGACACUAGCUGUAGAUGAAAAUUUCCUGCCUGAACUGCCUAGAGAAAUUGGAAGUUGUAAGAAUGUAACAGUUAUGUCUCUGCGCUCUAACAAACUGGAAUUUCUUCCUGAUGAGAUUGGACAAAUGCAGAAACUCAGAGUCUUAAACUUGAGUGACAACAGAUUGAAAAAUUUGCCUAUCACUUUUACAAAACUUAAAGAACUUGCAGCUUUGUGGCUUUCAGACAACCAGUCCAAGGCCCUUAUCCCUCUUCAGACUGAGGCACAUCCAGAAACAAAGCAAAGAGUGCUGACCAACUACAUGUUUCCUCAGCAACCUCGUGGUGAUGAAGAUUUCCAGUCUGACAGCGAUAGUUUUAAUCCUACUCUAUGGGAGGAGCAAAGACAGCAACGUAUGACUGUUGCCUUUGAAUUCGAAGAAAAAAAAGAAGAGGAGGAAAAUGCAGGAAAAGUUAAGGAAUAUUGCACUUUGGAAGGUUUUUAUCCCCAGCGGCAUGCUACUUCUGAGGUUGAAAUAAACUUAAAGCGCUAUCCAACUCCAUACCCAGAAGAUUUAAAGAAUAUGGUGAAAUCUGUUCAAAAUCUGGUGGGUAAACCUAGCCAUGGAAUGAGGCCUGAGAAUGCAACACCAACCGUCAGUGCAGAACAAGCUGUGAAAGACAAAUAUGAGCACAAGUGGCCAAUGACAGCAAAGGAUAUAUCCGUGGAGGACCCAUAUGUACAUGCUGUGAAUGAUAUGAGGAUAGGGGAACUUCGUCCCUCCAUGACUGAAGCACCAUUGUACCAACCUAAACUUGUCCUAUUGGGUAAAGAGAAAAAAGAAUCAACAGAUGAAUCUGAAGCAGAUAAAGUUCACUGCAUGAAUAACAGUGUUUCUUCAGGCACCUAUUCAGACUAUUCACCUUCACAGGCAUCUUCAGGGUCUUCUAACGCUCGUGUUAAAAUGGGGUCCUUGCAGACUACAGCUAAAGAUGCAGUGAAUAAUUCUUUGUGGGGUAACAGGCUUGUCCAAUCUUUUCCUCAACCUCUUGAAACAAAGCCAUUGCUCAGUCAACGGGAGUCUGCUCCAGCAGGAAACUUACAACAACAUAAUGAGAGGCGUCCAAUGAGUGACACCUUUGCUGACAGCUGGAAUGAUGGCUCUCACUAUGAUAACACGGGAUUUGUAGCAGAAGAGAGCACGGUGGAGAAUCCAAGCGCUAACCCCCUCUUAAGCUCUAAAUCGAGAAGCACAUCUGCUCACGGACGCAGGCCUUUAAUUAGGCAAGACAGGAUAGUUGGUAUCCCCCUAGAACUUGAACAGCCUACUCUCAGAAAUACACCUGAAUCAGAAGUGCCUCCAUCAAACCCUUGGCAGAACUGGACAAGAACCCCUAGCCCUUUUGAAGAUAGGACAGCCUUUCCUUCUAAGCUGGAGAGCACCCCUACCACCAGCCCUUUACCUGAAAGGAAGGAUCUUGUUAAAGAUUCCGCGGAAAUAGCUAGCACUUUUUCUCCAGGAACAGCGUGGGAGUAUCAUGAGUCAAAUGCUAACAGAAGUCUUGGUAAUGUGUUCUCGCAUAUUCACUGUCGCCCGGAUCCUUCUAAAAACGUCAUUUCUAUCAGCAAGAGCACAGAGAGGCUUUCGCCAAUGAUGAGGGACUUGAAAACGAAUAGGUUUAAGAAGUCACAAAGUAUAGAUGAGAUAGACAUUGGCGCAUAUAAAGUUUAUAAUAUACCACUAGAGAACUAUGCAGCUACUACGGACAAUGCCGGUAUGCAUGAGAGGCCAGAUAAAAUGAUGGGUCCAGAACAUGGAAUGUCUAGCAUGUCCCGUAGCCAGUCUGUGCCAAUGCUUGAUGAUGAGUUGCUGACCUAUGGAAGUGUUAAGGUGCAGCAGCAGCAAAAGCCUUCUGUAACUAAAAAAGUGUACCAGUUUGACCAAAGUUUUAAUCCUCAAGGAUCAGUGGAAGUGAAAGCCGAAAAGAGGAUUCCGCCACCUUUUCAACACACUCCAGAGUACAUUCCCCAGCAGACUAAAACUGUCUCAAAGGAUUUGGUUAGCCCAAGAGCCUACCGAGGGUAUCCACCCAUGGAGCACAUGUUUUCAUUCUCCCAGCCUUCUGUUAAUGAGGAGACUGUCAACACUCAGUACUCAAGUCAGGGAUCAAGGGCUGGGUUUUUGAGAAGAGCAGAUUCAUUGGCCAGUUCCACAGAUAUGUCAAUGUAUAGAAGAGUCAGUGAACCACACGAACUGCCUCAGAGCGAUAGGUAUAACAGACACCAGUAUAGAGGACCCAUGGAACGCCAAAGCAGCAUGCAAGUGUCUGAAUCCCAAUUCCUCAAAAGAAAUGGCAGGUAUGAAGAUGAACACCCUUCAUAUCAAGAAGUGAAAGCCCAAUCUGGAAGUUUUCCAGUUAAAAACCUUACUCAAAGGAGGCCAUUGUCUGCAAGAAGCUACAGUACAGAGAGUUAUGGUACCUCCCAAACCAGGCCAGUUUCAGCUAGGCCUACAAUGGCAGCUCUGUUGGAAAAGAUACCAUCAGACUAUAACUUGGGUAACUAUGGUGACAAGCCGUCAGAUAACACUGAUUUAAAGACAAGGCCUACCCCUGUGAAGGGAAAUGAGAGCUGUGGUAAAAUGCCCGCUGACUGGAGACAACAGCUACUUAGACAUAUAGAAGCUAGAAGGUUAGACAGGACUGCUGCUUAUAAGCACAACACUGUUAACCUUGGCAUGCUGCGCUCUGGAGGUUUGUCAGCAAUGCAUGCGGGCAGAAGCAUGACAUUAAACUUGCAGACUAAAUCUAAAUUUGAAAACCAAAUGCCUCAAGAGCUACCUCUACCGAAAACCCCAUCACAACAGAGCAGCAUUCUAGACAAUGGACAGGAAGAUGUUUCUGCUGGCGGCCAAUGGAAUCCAUAUCCCCUUGGAAGGCGAGAUGUGCCACCAGAAACUGUUGCUAAAAAGGCAGGUAGCCAUAUCCAGACACUGAUGGGAUCGCAAAGUCUCCAACAUCGAAGCCGAGAGCAGCCAUAUGAGAGCAACAUGAAUAAAGUGACCAUCCAGCAGUAUCAGCCACCACUGCCGAUCCAGAUCCCUUCUCAGAGCACUCGGGCACCACAAGCAGGGAGAUGUGUCAUUCAAACUAAAGGGCAGAGGAGUAUGGAUGGUUAUCCAGAACAGUUUUGUGUGAGGAUAGAAAAGAAUCCAGGCCUUGGAUUUAGUAUCAGUGGAGGAAUAAGUGGACAAGGAAAUCCAUUCAAACCUUCUGACAAGGGUAUCUUUGUUACUAGGGUUCAGCCUGAUGGACCAGCAUCCAACCUGCUCCAGCCUGGUGAUAAGAUUAUUCAAGCAAAUGGACACAGUUUUGUACAUAUGGAACAUGAAAAAGCUGUACUACUACUGAAGAGUUUCCAGAAUACAGUAGACCUAGUUAUUCAACGUGAGCUUACUAUCUAAAUAUUUUUUAUAAAUAGUAAAAUAUGUCUAGCCAGAUCUAAUGUUUAAUUAAAUAAAAAUUUAUAUACAUAUAUAUAUAUAAAUAAAUGAAUAUAUAUAUAUAUAUAUAUGGGGGGAAAUUGCCAAUUGCUGGACCAAUGGCAAACAUAGUGCCAAAUGUAUAAUAUAUGUUAGUACUGAUCAUUGGGAGGGAUAUCUAUAUAAAUGUAACUUCCAUGGGAUUACAUAUUAGUUCUCAUUGUAAGCCUCUGUGCGUUGGUACCAGCUUUUUUUCAAGAUGAUUUUUAAUUAUUUCUAGAUGUCAUGUAAUUUCAGAACACAGAAGCACACACAAGCUAUUUACAAAUUAUUCCGUCCAUCAAAAAACAGGCUGCAUGCACACCACACCUUUAAAAGACAUGACACCCACCUACCCCAAUAGCCUUGUGAGGGAUAAACUACAAUUCCCAGAAUACUCUGGGGGAAGCUAUGCCCUUUUAAGGUAGUGUGUGUACCCAGCCACAGCCUCAAAGUUCUUCAUGGCUUUAGAAAGAAAACUAUUUAAAACUGUAAUUCCCACAAAGUCUAAAGUCAAAUAUAAUGGAUUAUUAAAUAGUAUUUUUAUAGACACUUAAAAUGAAAUCUAUAUAAAAAUUAACCUGUAGUCCUAUAUCCACUUACCUGAGAAUGAAUUCCAUUGCACUUAAUGGGGCUUUCUUCUGAGGAGACAUUUAUAGAAUUGCACUUUAAAACUUUUGGGCCUGAUACAACUAAAUAUUUGUGCUAGCGGGAGACAGUAUAUGAGCUCUGCUAGUGCAACAGGGCUCCCCCCUAUUUCUGGCCACCCAAUCAGCUUGGGGGGGGCAGAGGAGAGGGAGAUCUUUCUGACUGGCAAGCAAAAAUGCUUGCACUGACAGAACAAACGUAAUGGUGAGACAUUGAAUUCCUCCCUUGGCCUUUUUAAAUUUCAUGGGUGGUGUUCCACUGUUUUGCUCAGAGUAGUAAUGUCUAAGUUAAUCAUUUUCAUUGAUUUCAAUGCAUCUAUUCUGAGUAAAACUUAACCGAAUAGCACCCAAUGCCUUACAGGAUUAAUUUAAGGUAUUCCCUGAGCUGGGAGAGGGUGUCACACACGCAAAACUGAGCUUCAGUGUGUAUACUAUUAUUUGAAAAGCUCAUCUCCUGCCCUUCAUAUGUCUUUGCAUCACUCAGGGUAGCUUGAAAUAAUACAACCAUAUAAACCAAUACAACAAAGACAGGCACAGCUGAUGAUGAUCAUGAUAAGAUGCACCACACAGCAGGCGUAAAUAUAUAGUGAGAUAUGAUAUAAUGAGGGAAUAUAAUGUGGGUAUGACCACAGAGGUGGAUUUUUUUGCCACUUCACAUCCUUUGCCACUUCACAAUAUUCAAUGUUCAGCCUGGAACAUGACAUGGAAGGGAGCCUUCAAAGCAAAUCUUAGGCAGCAGGCAACCUAGGAGGGGGAGAGAUGGUCCCUCAGGGAUCCUUUAGGGCAGUGAUGAGGAGGAACCUCUUUGGCCCUCAGAUUCUCCCUAGGCCACACACUGCCCAACUAGAAUGUUUCUCUGAGCUGUGCUAAGGCCUCUUGCUUGCCUGGAGAUAAAAACGUGGGUGCCUGGGUAAACCUCUGCCUUUCUCAUGGGUUUGCAUGGCUGGAAUGUAGUCUAGUGCACAAAAGUCUCACAUCCUUUGUUCAGCCCACCUGUCCUCCGGCCCCACCCGCCACUAACAUGUGGCCCCUGGAAGGUUGCCCAUGAGGUAAUGCAGCCCUCAGUUUGAAAAAGGUUUACCAUGUUUGCUGUUAGGGCUUCAAAGAUAAUUACCAGAACUUUGAAUUGUGUCCAGAAAGGAAUUAGCAAGAAGGGGAUGUGCUCUUUCUUACCACAAUCAUAGGGACGCGGGUGGCGCUUUGGUCUAAACCAGUGAGCCUAAGGCUUGCCGAUCGGAAGGUCGGCAAUUUGAAUCCCCAUGAAGGGGUGAGCUCCCGUUGCUCGGUCCCAGCUCCUGCCCACCUAGCAGUUCGAAAGCACGUCAAAGUACCUAAGGGUCAGGGGUACCUUUACCACAAUCAUGUGACAUGGUUUAGGGUUAUACAAAGAAUAGUCACAGCUAAUCUGAAUAUUUGUAACCUAAAAUGCACUCCUUCCAUGCCAUUUCCCAUGUUCCAAGCUCAGACCCUCCUAUUGCAAAAAUAUGCUCAGCUCAAAUUCUUAAUGAACAACAUGCUUUAUUUGAUGAAAUAUGUGUAGGAGGUAAUCCACAAGGUGACAGUUAAUGAAGGGGAAGAGUGUGCAAAUAUCUUAAUAUUAUCAAUAGAAGAACCAUUACUGUAGCUAAUUAAAGGUGGUUUAGCCCUAAUGUAAUUCAGUUCUCUUAGCACUUUACACAAGCAAUAACGUUUCUGAAUAUACAUUAUAAUUAAACUAUUUAAAAUAUUUAUAUGACACCUUCUCCUAGGUUCAAGACAGUUGGCAAUGAAAUAUAAAACCAUAAAAUAACUCAGGAUAGCCUUAUGACUAAACAGAAUGUGGUUUCAGCUCAACUGUUUUAUCAAAUCAGAUAAUGAUGACAGGUUGCUUAAUUAACAAGUGGGGAUAAAGUUGGAAGCCAGGGAGAUGGCCUGGGAAUCAUAUGUUCUUGCUCUUUGUUUCGUAGCAAGAAUGGAGAAUAAGAUGUUAUUUCUUUUGCAUGCUGUGGGCCUGUAGUGAUCUUUGAAUCCCAGAUCAAUGAUCUAAAACUUCAAAUGCUAUGAAACUUACUAGUCCUCCUAUCCAGAUGGGGAUCCUAUGUUUUAAAAUUCAUUUGUUUUCAUUUUUGAUAAUGAUUUAAAAAUACAGUGAAAUCCAAAAGUUGACAUUUAUUCUACACUUCUUUAGAAUUUGACUCUGCUGCAUUGGUUGCCAUGGCACCAGUUCCGUUAGCAACAGUUCUUAAAGGUUUAUUUACCAACUCUCACAUUAGAGCUACACUGUAAGUAAAAUAAAGGGAAAGGCUGACAUUCCUUCAAUUCAGCACAACAGCUGUUCAGGAAAACAUAAUGUGUAUGGAGCAUCACUACAUGGAGGCAGUGACACAAGCUUGUUAUGUAUCUAUGCAGGCAGGCAGAACAUACACUUGUGAGGAAAAACUCAAAGUAUUUGUUUAAAACGGUAGAUGGCAAGAGUCAUGUGCUUUUCUCCCGUAAGAGGGGGCCCCAAUGCCUCUUGCAGUAUAGACGUCUGCUCUUACAAUUGCAUGCAUUAAUAAAUUCAAAAGCUUCUUGGUUUGGAACCAUUGUUCUUACCUAUAUGCAAAUUUUAAUUUAUAUAUGAGCUAUAACACAUGACCACCAGAUAACUCAGGCAACCACCAUAAUUAAGACUCAAAGUCAUGUGUUCUGCUUAUAGCCACGUGCUGCAGCAAUUGCAGAAACCCUAUGACUACAAAUAUAGGUAGUCAAAAUGUAACUUCUGCCGUUACUGGGUUUGCCACUACACUAAUCUCUUUCUUCCCUCAUGGAACUCAAGUCAGCAUACAUCUUGUUUCCAUGUGAUCUCCCAUCAAAGCAUCACACGCUUUUUCAGUGAUGAUGCUUCCAUUUUGGAACCAACACCACCCCUCCAUGAUACCUAAAUCUUGUUAAGUUUUAGAUAUCUGGUAAUUCACACAGGCACAUAGCAAGAUCUGAUGCCAGUAUUGUUAUUUUUAGGUGGCUGGCUCUAUGCCUCAUUUUAGUAACUGUAUUGUGAAUUUGAAACUGUUUUGUUGUAACUCGCCCAGAAAUUGCUGUGCAGUGAGACUAGAUGAGAAAUGUUUCCCAAAAAAGGGCAGACUUCUUAGCUACACUGGUUGCAUCAAGUCCCUCUGGAUGGUGCCCUGUGUGACCGGUGCCGUUUCUUCUAGAAAAAGAGAUACUGGAACUCACCAUGAACGCCUCCUUUCUUCUCUUAUGAUGGCAAUGGCACCCACCUGAGAGGUGCCAGAGCUGAGUUCCAGUGAGUUCUGGCUGGAAAAAAAGCCCUGCUUGUGACCAAUUUAUAAAUAAAAGAUGGAACAGUAGUUAAUUUAAAAACAAAAACCUAUUAUAAACCUUGUGCCUAGGAUAUCUGGAAUGAAAGCUAUGUUCCACAAAGGAUAGUGUUCUUUAUCCUACCACUCUCUGCUUCCUUUUCUUGCAGCAGCAGUGCCUACCCAUUUACCAAACUAAAACCAGUAGUUUCAGCGUUGUACAGAGCUAACUUGUGAGUGUACUGAGUUCUGUGUCUGACUGCAAUACAUGCCUCUCUAAGAAAUAAUCAUGCAAAUCACAGAAAUAUAAGCAAAAUGCUAAUCCCUGCUAAUGUUCAGAAUGUAUCAUUGUCAACAGCAACAGUGUUUAGUAACAUUGAUUCGGUUUUUCCAUGUUUACAGCUUUCAUGUACUUUUGGGGCAAAAUUAAGAUGGAACUCAAAUAGUGACUUACACUUUCACAAAACAUUUUUUCUUCCUUUAGGAAUUGCUGUUGAAUAUUUUCAGUUCCAUUUUUUCCUUUGCUCAUGGUCUUCAUUAUUGCAUUGUGUUCUAAGUAUGAGAUAAGAAUAAAAUCUAUUUCUAAACCAGUAAUUUGGAUUGGAUUCACAUGUAGUGAAGGUGGGUUAAUGAACGACAGUUUUUGCUAUGCCCAACAACAAUGGUAGUCAUAUAAGCGCAGCCCAAUACUGACACCCAAAGGCAAAGCCUAGUUUUCCUCAGCACACACAUUUUUAAUAGCCAGAUUUCUAACGCUCUAUACAAUAGCAGAAUUUUAACUCAGACUUUUAGAAUGAGUCGUCCUUACUAGUCUUUUUGAACUUUUCAGAUGCGCAUUAAGUCAAACACAAAACAUGUAUAAUACACACCAUUUACUCCAUCUAGAAUUUUCAUGCCCUCUUGUAAAAGCUUUUAUUCUUAACAUCAAGAAGCCACACCAGUUCAGCACAAGAGGCUGAAUUUUUAUAAACUGGGGCCUUUCCUGCCUCUUUGCUAGCUUAGGUGGCUUAACACUGGGCAAGACAAAGACUUAUUAAGUUACAUUUUUCUACUUGUCAGUACUGUAAUCAAGUCAAAAACAACUUACUUUAUUACAAAUUUUACCAUUUUAUAAAACACAUGUUUAAUUAUAGAGAUAGCUGUAUUGUAAUUAAUAUUUUGAGAAAAUUGUGAUUUUGAGCUUAAAUUAUAUACAGAACUGUCAUUUUUGUAUGUGUUACAAAGAUUGCUAUAUGAAGAACUGUACUUUUCAGUUUAAUUACAAUAUCAUUGUAAAUAUGGCUGAAUGAAGAACCACUUACUACUCUAUGAACAUAGAUUGUGAAUGUAUUUCAAUGUCUUUGCAGUAUACAGAUUUACUGAACUUGGAAGCUGCUUCAUUUUACGUGCAAAAAGGUACUUUAAAGCUAUAUUUUAAAUCUAUUGAUUCAGUGAAAUCAAUUAUCUUUCAUUUGCACAUGCAGGUGGUAUCGCUCCCAUUUUAAUUUGUGUAUUGACACUAACUGGUAAGGUGCAUAUUGUGUCUAAAAUGCAUUUUGCAGAUGCUUUCUGUACAUAAAAAGAAUACAGGGACUCAAACAAUGCUGUGCAGCGUAUAGCAGAGCCAUUUUCGGCUUUGAUGUACUCAACCUUUUUCAGUAUUAAAAAAAGUGUUUUGAAUAAUAUAUUUAAAAGUCUAUUGUAUAAAUAAAGGCACCUUAUUGUAAGUA